GCAAUUGUAAAUGAGAACGUGUUCUCAAUUUGCCUACCUGGUUAAAUAAAGGUGAAAUAAAUAACUAAAAUUUGUUGGUCAGUCGGCAGUCGCCUGCACUGUCGAACAAGACUGUUCUGUUGAUCCGUGUGGGUGGCUGCGCCGUGCCCAUUCUGUUGUGCUUCAGCUCGUGACAGGAAGUGUUGUUAUAAUUACAGACAGUCUGUAUUUACCUGUCUAGAGGUGAGAGUGUGCCAUGCGAGUGCACAGCUCGGGAAUCCAUCUUUUGAAUUCGUUUGGCGGGGGUGGCGGUAGCGUCAAACAAUUGGAUGUAAUACUUUCUUGGUCACCCCUCUGCGACACAAACAGCGUCGGCUGUCUACAAAUUGUACGGAUAAGGUCCAAAACAGGUACAGCAAUAUCUCUCAAGCUGUCGCUAUAGAAUGCAAUUAGUCCCGGCUUAUUAAUAAUAGAAAACAUUAAUAAAGGUGUCAAAUUAGGCUACACGGAUACAAACAUUGAAAACAUAACAGCUGCCAUUUAGUAAGGAUGUCAUGCCUACAAUGGUGACAUGUAAAGUCGGAUAAACCGACUCCAGUCCAUGGUUCUUUUUUGGGCUUUAAUCAGCCUAACAAAGUGAGUUUGUGUCGAGAGUUUGUGUGUGUGUUGAGAUGAAUACAAAUUCUUCCCGUACAUAUGUUGCAUACAAACUGAACAAUUGUGGCCCCUUUAUUUCAUUCAUGAAGGUUCAGUGUAUCUUUGCCAGCCUACAUCAAUCUGCAAAGGAGUUGCAGAAAAGCCUCAUGUUCAUCGAGCCGUGAGUCACACAUGAUUUUUAAAGCUGUUAUGAAUAAUAAUAAUCCAAACAAUUGUUUUCUUUCCCRGAAGUUGUACCUUCUUUUUUUUUAGCAUCACAACAAUGGAUAUUAAAACCUUCAAUGACACUUUGAAUUACAAUUUGGAAGUAGUUGCAGCUUGAAUUAAGACGUUGCCUGGUUGCGUUGAAAGCCACGUUUAUUGUCAAGCAGAGACGAUAUUAGCCAUCGGAAAGCUUUGCACAGAUCUUUACAAUCUUACUUGUGUAUCAUUCCACGCUUCCUUACUACAGGUUUGAGCAAGAACUGUCCCCAUUUAUACUUUUCUACAGCGGGUUUAAAAUUCUGCAGCUGAGGUCUUGGAGAAUGCAGAUGGGUACAGUAUGUUGCAGCUCGCAGUGUGUAUAAAGCUAACCUUUUUCUUGGGUUUUCUUUCAAUGUUCCAUUUGUGUCAGGGACUUCGUUGGCGCCAACUAUAGGCUAGGCCUGAAUCUAUUUUAAAUGGUCUCAUUUUGUUGAAGUUAGGAGAUCUAGCUGACGCCGUAACAGCUGUUACGGUGACAUAUCCCAGUUAAGCUGAGUGACAAUGUCAUGAGACCAAGGGAGCCUCAUGAGCCUGUCCUUGUCAAUCAUUAAAAACACCCAUACAGUAGGCUUACAACCAUUUGGCUGUUGGAUUUUUCUAUAGGCCUAUAUUCUUCAGUUGAACAGGUGCUUUCAGAAAGCCAUGACGAGAGUGGCAAGUCACUGUCUUAGCACAACCAUAUUCUUAAUGUAGUAUCGAGGCUCUGGUAAGGUAAGCCUCUAGGUUACAGCAGAAAAUACAGCAAGCCUUAAGGGACACACCACUCUGGUCCCAAUGCAGCCCCCAAUGUUUACCAGAUAAAACGCUGACUGGUAAACCUGGGUCAGGUUUAAGAUUACCUAAGGUUUGGCUUUAAACACGUAAAAAUGUUUUUACAAAGCCACAUUUUGGGAUAUCUUAAGACAACGUGGAUGUCGUUGAAUACUGUCCAAAAGGCACACAUUCUGUCACUUGAUGCAUUCUAGCUGAAUAUAUCUAUGUUCAUUUUACCCCAAUAAAGAGAAUCCCAAGAUGCAGUUGUAUAAAAAUUGUCAAGUCUUUGCCCCUUUACCCUAAUAUGGGUAUAAAGCAUUGGAUAYCUCGCUCUAGUGGACCAAUAGCUAUGUGAGCUAUUUCUGACUGUUGCUUUUUGCAUGUUUCAGGGGACGAGACGCGGCAGAGGGUCAAGUUCACUGACGAGCGGGUCUGCAAAAGCCAUCUCCUGAACUGCUGUCCCCACGACAUCCUCUCUGGAACUCUGACUGACUUCAUCGACAGCGUAUGGAUCUGGGAGAAUGUGCGAAGACCCACGACCUGGCGCUCCGGGCCGACUAUGAAAUCGCCUCCAAGGCGAGGGAACUCUUCUUUGAGCUUGACGCUGUGGAUCACCUGGAGUCUUUCAUCGCUGAUUGCGAUCGUAGAACAGAGUUGGCCAAGAAACGACUGGUGGAGACUCAGGAUGAGAUCAGUGCGGAGGUGGCUGCAAAGGCAGAGACUGUCCACGAGCUGAAUGAAGAGAUCGGGAAGCUCCUGGCCAAGGCAGAGCAGCUGGGAGCCGAGGGGAAUGUAGAUGAAGCCCAGCUGAUCCUACAGGAAGUGGAAAAGGUCCGCAGCAGGAAGAGGGAUGCCGAGGAGGAGUACAGAAACUCCAUGCCUGCCUCCAGUUUCCAGCAGCAGAAGCUCCGUGUCUGCGAGGUAUGCUCUGCCUACCUGGGUCUCCACGACAACGACCGUCGCCUGGCCGACCACUUUGGCGGGAAGCUGCACCUGGGCUUCAUCCAGAUCAGGGAGAAACUGGAAGCCCUGAAGAAAAUAGUCACUGACAAGCAGGAGAAGAGGAACCAGGAUCGUCUCAAGAGGCGAGAAGAGAAAGAGAAGGAAGAGAUGAUGAAGAAGAGGACCAAAUCACGGAGCAGGGAACGGAGCAGGGAACAUAGGUCCCGCUCUCGCGAACGUAGGAGACGGCGUUCCCGUUCCUCGUCUCGGGAGAGGCGGCGUUCCUCCCGCUCGCGCUCCAGGGACCGGGAGAGGACGAGACGCCACUCCCGAUCCUGCAGCAAGGGCCACCGCCACGAGCCCAGCACCAUACACAAGUCGUCCAGGGAUCGAGAGCGCUCCUCCAGAGACCGUUCACGGGAGCGAAGCAGGAAGAGGGGAUCCUCCGAGCGGCGACAAGACAGCAGGGAUCAGAACGGGAGGACGGACUCCCGCCGGGCACAGGACAGGGACAGAGACACCGGGGGCCUCUGAGGACUCUUGCUAUCCAUCCUCAAAACACAACCUCCUUUUCUCUCUUUCAUACCUGUCCACAUAUCUAUAAGGACUCUCUUAACAGCAAUGUCCAGAGACGUUUUGAUUUGAGAUAUUCCAGCCAACCCACUGUGUCCCAAAUAAAUAGACCUUAUAUGAC